UCCCGUAACAAUGUCGGUGAGCGUCCACGAGAACCGUAAAUCCCGAUCCAGCACCGGUUCAAUGAAUAUCUUGCUGUUCCACAAAGCCUCCCACCCAGACUGCGUCUUGUCGCACCUUAACACCAUGAGGAAGCACUGCAUGUUCACCGAUGUUACUCUCUGGGCUGGGAACAAGUCGUUCCCGUGCCACCGGGCAGUCUUAGCAGCAUCCAGCAGGUAUUUUGAAGCGAUGUUUAGCAACGGCCUCCGCGAGAGCUUGGGCGACGAGGUGAAUUUCCAUGAUAGCUUGCACCCAGAGGUGCUGGAGCUGCUCCUGGACUAUGCUUACUCCUCCAAGAUCAUCCUCAACGAGGAGAAUGCCGAAUCCCUCCUGGAAGCUGGCGACAUGCUGCAGUUCCAUGAUGUCCGAGAUGCAGCAGCAGAGUUCCUCGAGAAGAACCUGUACCCUUCCAACUGUUUGGGCAUGAUGAUGCUUUCUGACGCUCACCAGUGCAGGAGGCUCUACGAGCUCUCUUGCCGGAUGUGCCUGGCUAAUUUUGAGAUGGUCCAUGGGAGUGAAGACUUCAACACCCUCUCCAAGGACACCUUGCUAGAUUUGAUCUCCAGUGACGAACUGGAGAUUGAGGAGGAGGAGAAGGUCUUCAAGGCCGUUAUGCAGUGGGUGAAAUACAACUCGGACAAGCGGAAGGUUUUCCUCCCGGAACUUCUGAAAAACGUGCGCUUGGCCUUGCUGCCUUCCGAAUGCCUUAAGGAAGCCAUGGCCUAUGAGGAACUGAUCACUGAAGAAGAGCAGAACAAGCAAAUUAUGGACGAGGCCCUUCGAUGCAAGAAGAAGAUCUUGCAGAAUGAUGGGGUCAUCACCAGCCCUUGUGCCAGGCCUCGCAAAGCUGGGCACACGUUGCUCAUCUUGGGUGGACAGACGUUCAUGUGCGAUAAGGUCUACCAGGUAGAUCACAAGGCGAAAGAGAUCAUUCCCAAAGCGGACCUACCGAGUCCAAGAAAGGAGUUCAGCGCUUGUGCCAUUGGCUGCAAAGUCUACAUUACCGGUGGAAGAGGCUCAGAAAAUGGAGUGUCGAAGGACGUCUGGGUGUACGACACAGUUAACGAGGAGUGGUCCAAAGCUGCCCCGAUGCUUAUCGCUCGCUUUGGACACGGCUCGGCUGAACUAGAAAACUGCCUUUAUGUUGUGGGGGGCCACACUGCAGUGGCUGGUGUCUUCCCCGCUUCCCCGUCUGUUUCUCUGAAGCAGGUGGAGAAGUAUGAUCCCAUUGCCAACAAAUGGACCAUGGUAGCCCCUUUGAGGGAUGGCGUCAGCAACGCAGCGGUCGUCAGCGCGAAGCUGAAGCUCUACGUCUUCGGUGGGACCAGCAUUCAUCGGGACAUGGUGUCCAAAGUCCAGUGCUAUGAUCCAGCAGAGAACCGAUGGACGAUCAAAGCACAGUGCCCUCAACCGUGGCGUUAUACGGCAGCGGCCGUCCUCGGCAGCCAAAUCUUCAUCAUGGGCGGGGAUACGGAGUUCACGGCGGCAUCCGCCUACCGCUUUGACUGCGAGACAGACCAGUGGACGCGGAUCGGAGACAUGACGGCCAAGCGGAUGUCCUGCCACGCUCUGGCCUCGGGGAACAAACUGUACGUGGUGGGCGGCUAUUUUGGGACACAGAGAUGCAAAACGCUGGAUUGUUACGACCCCACCUCUGACACGUGGAACUGUAUCACCACUGUGCCUUACUCCCUGAUCCCCACGGCUUUUGUUAGCACAUGGAAACACUUACCAGCCUGAUGAAGUCCGGGUGUCAGAUU